CGCAGGCGCGGGCGGCGCGAGACCGGGACCGAGACCGGGACCGAGACCGGGACCGAGACCGGGACCGGGACCGAGACCGAGACCGGGACCGGGACCGGGACCGGGACCGGGACCGGGACCGAGACCGGGACCGGGACCGAGCGCAGGGGGUUGCUCGCGAGCGGUACUCGUGGUCCAGCCGCCUCGCCAUGGCCGACCUCAUCCCGCUGGAGAGCCGCGGCGGCGGCGGCGAGCAGCCCGAGCGCAUCGUGGUGGGCCACAACGUCGCCUUCGACCGGGCCUUCGUGCGGGAGCAGUACCUCAUCCAGGGCUCCCGCAUGCGCUUCCUGGACACCAUGAGCAUGCACAUGGCCAUCUCGGGGUUGACGGGCUUCCAGCGCAGCCUCUGGAUGGCAGCGCGGCAUGGCAAGAAGAAGGGGGUGCAGCAGGUUAAGCAGCACAUGAGGAAGACGCGCAGCCACGGCGAGGGGCCCGCGAUCGCCUCGUGGAACUGGGUGGAUGUCAGCAGCAUCAACAACCUGGUCGACGUGCACGCGCUCUACGUGGGCGGCGAGCCUCUGGAGAAGGAGGCACGCGAGCUCUUUGUGAAAGGCACCAUGGCCGACAUCAGGAACAACUUCCAGGAUCUGAUGACCUACUGUGCCCGGGAUGUCCAAGCCACCCACGAGGUGUUUCAGGAGCAGCUGCCGCUCUUCAUGGAGAGGUGCCCCCACCCCGUGACGUUUGCAGGGAUGCUGGAGAUGGGGGUGUCCUACCUGCCAGUCAAUGGGAACUGGAAGAGGUACCUGGACGAUGCUCAGGGUACCUACGAGGAGCUGCAGAAGGAGAUGAAGAAAUCCCUGAUGAACCUGGCCAAUGAUGCCUGCCAGCUGCUGCAGGAGGACAGGUACAAGGAUGACCCCUGGCUCUGGGACCUGGAGUGGGACACACAGGAGUUCAAGCAGAAGAAGAAACCCGUGAAGAAGAAGGAGCGGGAGGUGAACGCGGGCGCUGCCGAGGCGGCGGUGGGCGCCUCCGGAGCGGCGCAGGAGUGCCAGGAGGACCCUGGCCCUCCCAGCGAGGAAGAGGAGCUGCAAGUCCCCGGGAGCCGGGCCUGCCUGGAGCGCCUGAAGGAGACGGUGACGCUGCAGCCCAAGAGGCUGCAGCACCUGCCAGGCCACCCCGGCUGGUACCGUAAGCUGUGCCUGCGGCUGGACGACGCGGACUGGGUGCCGGGGCCCAGCCUCAUCAGCCUGCAGAUGCGGGUGACGCCGAAGCUGAUGCGCCUGGCGUGGGACGGCUUCCCGCUCCACUACUCCGAGAAGCACGGCUGGGGCUACCUGGUGCCCGGCCGGCAGGACAACCUGCUGCAGGAGCCCUCCGAGGCCCAGGGCCCGCUCUGCCCGCACAGGGAGGGCACCCGGGUGAUCGAGCACCUGUACAGACAGCACUGCCUAGAGAAGGGGCAGGAGCAGCCGCUGGGGCCCGAGGCCACCGUGGAUGAGGAGCUCCUGGUGAUGGAUGGCAGUGCUGUGUGGAAGAAGGUGGAGGAGCUGAGCCGCCUGGAGGUGGACGUGGAGGAGAAGGCGGACAGAGCUGACCAAAACGUGCUGCUGAAGGAGCAGGAGCAGACGAGCAACCAGCCUUCGUUCCACCACGGCAACGGCCCCUACAACGAUGUCAACAUCCCCGGCUGCUGGUUCUUCAAGCUACCACACAAGGAUGGGAAUGACAACAACGUUGGGAGCCCUUUUGCAAAGGACUUCUUGCCCCGGAUGGAGGACGGCACCCUCCGGGCUGCGAUCGGACGCACCCAUGGAACGAGAGCCCUUGAGAUCAACAAAAUGAUCUCGUUUUGGAGGAAUGCUCACAAGAGAAUCAGUUCCCAGAUGGUCGUGUGGCUGAAGAAAGGGGAGCUGCCUCGCGUGGUAACCAGGCACCCGGACUAUAACGAGGAGGAGGAUUACGGGGCCAUCCUGCCGCAGGUGGUGACCGCGGGCACCAUCACCCGCCGGGCCGUGGAGCCCACCUGGCUGACAGCCAGCAACGCCCGGGCCGAUCGCGUGGGCAGCGAGCUGAAAGCCAUGGUGCAGGUCCCACCGGGCUACUCGCUGGUCGGCGCGGACGUGGAUUCGCAGGAGCUGUGGAUCGCCGCGGUGCUCGGCGAGGCGCACUUCGCGGGCAUGCACGGCUGCACGGCUUUCGGCUGGAUGACGCUGCAGGGGAAAAAGAGCAACGCCACAGACCUGCACAGCAAGACGGCCGCCACGGUGGGCAUCAGCCGGGAGCACGCCAAGAUCUUCAACUACGGGCGCAUCUACGGGGCCGGGCAGCCCUUUGCCGAGCGCCUGCUGAUGCAGUUCAACCAUCGGCUCACGCAGCAGCAGGCCCGCGAGAAGGCUCAGCAGAUGUACGCGGUCACCAAGGGCAUCCGGAGGUUUCAUCUCUCCGAGGAUGGGGAGUGGCUGGGGGGGAAGCUGAACGUGUCUGUGGACAGGGCAGAGGAUGGUUCGGUGUCGGCCCAGGAUGUCCAGCGGAUCCAGAGAGAGGCCACAAAAAGGUCUCGAACAAAGAAGAAGUGGGACGUGGUGCAGCACCGAGUGUGGGCUGGAGGGACCGAGUCUGAAAUGUUCAACAAGCUGGAGAGCAUCGCCCUGUCCCCGUCUCCGCAGACCCCAGUACUGGGCUGUCACAUCAGCAGGGCGUUGGAGCCUGCAGUGGCCAAGGGAGAGUUUCUCACCAGCAGAGUAAACUGGGUGGUGCAAAGCUCAGCCGUUGACUACCUGCACCUCAUGCUGGUGUCCAUGAAGUGGCUCUUUGAGGAGUUCGACAUAAACGGGCGCUUUUGCAUCAGCAUCCACGACGAGGUGCGCUACCUGGUCCAGACGCAGGAUCGCUACCGCGCGGCCCUGGCCCUGCAGAUCACCAACCUCCUCACGCGGUGUAUGUUUGCCUAUAAACUGGGCCUCCAGGAUCUACCCCAGUCGGUGGCUUUUUUUAGUGCGGUGGAUAUUGACCAGUGCUUAAGGAAAGAGGUGACCAUGAGCUGCGCAACCCCCUCAAAUCCAACGGGGAUGGAGAAGAGAUACGGCAUCCCCCAAGGUGAAGCGCUGGAUAUAUAUCAGCUCCUUGACAUAACUCAAGGCUCGCUGGAGAAGUGAUGAAGCUAGAGGGCCAGAA